AUGACGGCAAAGGCGGGCGACAGGGGUGCCGGUGACGCCAUCAGGCGGCGCCCAGCUCUCCGCAGCGCGGCGCGGCCGGGACGGGCCCGGACGGGACGGGGACAGGGACAGGCCAUGGCUCCUGCCGCCGUGCAGCCGCCUGAGAUCCAGUUCGCGCAGCGGCUGGCCGCCAACGAGAAGCGCAUCCGGGACCGCGCCCUGAAGAAGCUGCGGGGGUACAUCAGCGUCCGCACCCAGCGCACGGCCGGUGGCUUCAGCCAGGAAGAACUGCUAAAAAUAUGGAAGGGCUUGUUCUAUUGUAUGUGGAUGCAGGAUAAACCUUUGCUACAGGAGGAACUUGCAGACAAUAUGUCACAGCUUAUCCAUGUGAUUCAAAAUACAGAGGCUCGACACCUGUUCAUUCAGACAUUUUGGCAAACUAUGAACCGUGAGUGGAUUGGGAUAGACAGUCUGCGUCUUGAUAAGUACUAUAUGCUAAUGCGUAGGAUUUUGAGGCAAUCCUUUGAAGCGCUGAAAAGAAACGAAUGGGAUGAAAGUCUAAUUGAACUAUUCCUGCAGCUACUAAUGAAGGAAGUUAUGGACGCAAGCAGCAAUGCUCCCACUGGGAUAAAGUUACAUUUCAUUGAUAUCUAUCUGGAUGAAUUGGCUAAAGUUGGUGCAGAGGAGCUCACAGCAGACCAGAAUCUCAAGUUCAUUGAACCUUUCUGCAAAAUUGCUGCCAAAUCAAAGGAUCGAUGUGUGCUGCACGCCAUAGCCACUGGUAUCUUUGAGAUCAUUGUGGAUCAGUCCCCCUACGCCAUUGAGGAUCUAAUGAGAGAAUUGGGUAGCAACAAAGAUGAGGAUGUGUCUGAAGAAGACAAACAGGAAAAUGAAGAGGUGCUUAAAACCAAAGCAGAAAGGUGUUUGUCGAGAAAAUCAGUGCAGAGCUCUGAAAAAACAGAGGACGUUUCUGAAAAUACUGAUGAUGGUAUCGGGCCUGUUCUUCAGUUUGAUUAUAAGGCUGUUGCUGACAAACUCUUUGAAUUGGCGAGCAAGAAAAAUACACCUUCCCUUAACCGAAAGCGUCUGUACAAGCUGGUCAAAAAGUUCCAGGACUUAGCAGAAGGAAUCUUCCCCCAAGAUUUUCCUGAAGAUGUUUCUACAGAUGAAGAUGAUGAUGAAUUCAGCAGGGGAAGGCGAAAGAAAAAAGCUGUCAAGCCAUGGGAGAAAAACAAUUUGGAAAAAGUGGAAGAGGAUGAACAAGAGAUGUCAAGUGUGAAAGAGGCAUCAGGUUCCCAGAAGAGGAGAAAAAGGAAGAAGAGGGACAGCCCAAGUGCUGAUUCUGGAGCAGCUAAUGGAAAUCGUGAGGAGGGAAUAACUGAAACAUCUGGAUCUAAUGUUUUUGGCCAGGAAAAGGUGCCAGAAAACAACAAGGAAGGGAAGAAAAAGAAAUCGCUAGUAAAUGAGGCAAAUGAGACCACAAAUGUAGCAGCUGACGCCAGAGAAAAUCACAGUAUCUCUGCACAGAGCAGUCUGAAUGAUGCAGAACAGAGUAAAAAGAGUCAAGUGAAGAAAGUGAAUCCAAAAGUGCAAAAUGUUCUUGUAAAACCAGCAUGUCAGAAUGGACCAGCUAAUGCCAGCGAGGCACAGGAUGUCAGCCCAUCUGUCACACCGUUAACUCUUAAGGUUGUGAAGAAGAAACAGAAGGUAGGGGCUGUCUUGGUGAAUGGGAAUACCCUUUUGCAGCAAACUGACGUGAAAUCCAACAAGGAGGGCUUGCUGGGGACCCUGCCAGCAGAUGCAGACUCUGAAUCUGUGCCCUCCAGAAAGGUCAAAUUGAAGACAAAGACAAAGCUGGUUGGUUUGGAAGAGAUAAAAGCCUCCAGCCAGAAAGCAGCGAACUUGAAAAAGAAGAGAAAAGUAAAAGAGGUGCUAAACUCUGUUGAAGUCAAUGGAGUUCUGGACACCGCAUGCAAGAAAAGCAGGAAGGAGGAAAGCAGUGCUGCUCUAUCAUCAUUAAAGAAAAAGAAAGCAAAACCAGGAAAUGAUUUUGUAAAAUUUGAAAAACUAACUCUACCAAAGCCGGUAUUCUUCAGGAAAGCCAGAAGCGCCAUCUCCUCCACCAGGGCAUCCAAUCAGCUGAACCAGCUACAGUCAUCAAGCUCCAAAAAAGUCACGUUUGGCUUGAAUAAAAACAUGACUGCUGAGUUUAAAAAGAAUGACAAAAGUAUAUUAGUGAGCCCAGAAGGACCCUCCCGUGUGGCUUUCAAUCCUGAACAGAAACCCCGUCAUGGGGUGCUGAAGUCACCCAGUGGCACCCCAGCAGGAGAGCCUCAAACGAAGAAACCUUAUACUCUAUCAGCUAAGAAGAGACCAACUGCUAUGAACUUCUUUUAAACCAACAGAUGUGGCCUACUUUUGUACAGGACAUUUUGCUAACCUAGAAUGUUCUCUGGAGGUAUUUUGGAACUUCUUUAUUUUUUUAAGUUAAUACAAAUUGUAUAUACAAAAUUCUGACUGACCUAGGUCAUCACUAUUUUGACACCACUUCAUCUGUAUCUUGAAAUACUUGUUUUGUCUAUUUACAGAAAAGAAACAAAAUUCAAUCUCUGCUCAGGUUUGGUCUAUAAAAAGUAUGGUCUCUGCCCAUGUUAUUCCCAAGAGACUUGUUCAUUUAAUUAAGGAAUGUUCAGCGUUUGAUUGUUCCGGUGAUUUUUUUUUUUUUUUUGAGGUUAAAGAAAACUUGGACUUCAUGAUAUUAAACUGGUUUUAAUUGCGGGGCUUAAAAUGGAAAAAAACAAUGUAGACUUUAAACCUACUCAUUGCUCAUAAAUUUUUUAAGUUUACCCCAUCGGUUUUCAUGUGUGACCUUGGCAUUCUGUUAAUUCUUCUUCUGGAAGUAAUGGUUACCUCGUGUCUCUGUUUAGUAACAGCUGGGCUUGGGUAGCUUUACAGAUAGGAAGCAAGCUUUCCCUGGGGUAAGAGACGCCUAGCUGCUCAAGUGGUCACUGUUGCACAUAAACCUUCACAGCUGGUUGCCUGCUGAGUUGGGAAUAGUCACCACGUUAUUUUCAGUAACGCAAGUGCCAAAGCUGGUUCACACUUGUCAUAUUGUAAGUGGGCUUCUCUUUACUGUACCUGAAGUAAUGCUCUUGCAAGAGAAAUCUUUGAUAUUUCCAGGUCUUCCCCCCACCCCCACUGCUGUCUUUCCUGAAGCUCUGAGAAGACUUUCGUUUUCUACUUUAGCAGUUGGUGUCACCACAUAUUACCAGAACUCAGAUUCAUUCAGUGAAUGAACCUCUGAUUGUACUUAAGUGAGCUAGAUCGGUGUAGUGCAUCUUUGGUUAGGACACACAUCUCUCUAAAAGCUUUGGUGCCUCUCAGUACAGGGUAAAACUUUACAGCCCAGGCAGCUUGAUUUUGGCUUUGAUGUAGAACCAGAAUAAUUCUUUCUGCAGCAUUUCCUUGCGUUAAGUUUUUUGGAUAUUUUAUGGCUACUCUGCAUGUUUUGGUUUUUCUAAAGAACGAAGUGUAUUUCUGUGAGAGACCAUUAAAAGUAUUCUGAGGGGGAACUGUGAGGAAGGGGAGAGCAAGUGAAAAUAAAAACUUGUUUUAUACUGUUGGAAGAUUUGAAAUCUUUCUUUGGAAGUUUUGCUUUUACAAAUGAGGCAAAGGCUUUGCAGCAGAUCUCAAUGUUAGAGCUCAGCUUCAAAGUACAACCUGGUGCCAGAGCAAAGCUGUUCAUGAAGCUUCCCACCAGUUACUUCGGUAAUCCUAUAAGAGAGAGGGUAGGCCCGCUUCACUAUCUUGUCUUGUGAUAACUGGUAAACAUUUAGCUACUUCAGCCAACAAAAUUAAAUUUUGUGAUAUGAUAUAUUUGCAUACAUCAAUACUGUUUUUUACCAGUUUUUGAUGCUGGCUGUCCUCUGCCAGAUUACUCCUUGUAAGCAACUGGAUUGAAACUGCUUCUUUGUAGUUCAUCUAGAAUUUCUUCAAAAUACUUGUGUACUUGCAGAUUGCUGGUUGGUCUCAGUUGCUCAGUUCUAAUCUGUGCCCAUUCUUGCACUAAGUUUGUGACAGUUCACAGUUUGUGGUACUGCCAGAAAGUCAUUUUGCUCUUGUCUUUUCUCAUUUAAAGUGAAGGACUGAAUUUCAUUUGGUUUUGUUUCAGUUUGUAUUGGUUUGACUGAUCAGUAAAGAACUCUGGAGAAUACAUCUGAUAAAAUUAAUAAUACUUGCUGUUUGAGCAAUUAUUGUUCUUUUAUAUUUAAAAAAACCUCAUUGUAUAUUAGCAUAAUGCAUUUUUUUGACAAGGUGAUGGUAAGUAGGAUUUAACAAAGUGUUUGAUAUGUUGUACUGUUUAUCUUGUACUGUGGGUGAGAAGUCUCUUGUGGAAUAUGCAUAAAAGCAUUUGUAUGUGCAUGGUUGUUAAUGCAUUAUGGUGAAGAUGCCACAUUCCUCCAAGGAUGUAGAUUAAAACAAUCAGUAGGUAGAUCUGGUGUGCACAGAAAAAUCCAGAAUCAGGACACAUUGGGGUUUGGGUUUGGUUUUAAUACAUAUAACUUAUUAUGGAAGUGUGUUUAAGUUGUUGUCUGGAUCUUUUUCUAUUGGUUGGGGGAUCCAUUGAACCUGUUGCUUGUCCAAAUAUUUUGUUGCCCACAGUGCUAAUGGAGAAGGCAGAAAUGGCAGUCAAGUUGUUAUCUAAGAUUGUAGUGAUGUGGUUGCUUGUUGGGAUUCAUGCUGUCAUGUGAAAAGGGGGAGGAGAGCGGGGGAAUCUUCUCAACCCCAGUGUUUGAUCUGUCUGUUGGCAGCCCAGGAAAGCUGAGACCCUUGUGCCCGACCAGUCUGUCAGCGUCCCAUUAUAGGGACCCUUCACUGAACAGUCCCACUGGAUCGGAGGGCAAUUCAACUGCCUUGUUCAGGGAGACGCACCAAUAGCAUCAGGGGGACCCCUCAGUGGGUCUGCCCACUUUGUUUAAACGUGUUACCCGCUGCCAGCAGCGGUUAGUGCCCACACUAACAGUUUACGGAAUUAACACUCUUUAUUAUAAAAUCGUGACAAGUUAAGAUUCGUGAUUGUAGGUGACAGGGACUGUCUGCAAAAACAAGUUUGAAAUUAUACACUACCAAACUAUAUACAACCAAAACCUUAAUUACUAAUGACAGGUAGAAUGAGUUAGUUAUUUAGCAUGCAUAAGUCAAAGUUCUUACCCAAAAGGCAUCCCUAUAGGGGAAGAAGACGUGUUCAGCCCAUUGACUGAUCCCAGAAGUUAGGGUGGAAUCUUCCCAUCCCGUCUCCCCUCAUCUGUCCAUUUUUUGUACUUCAUAGUACAUUGCAUAUUCAUUCAUCAUACACAGGAUUGGUUACAAGUUUCUCUUCUAAUGCAAAGUAGUACAGAUCCUUAGCACUACUGAAGUUCUCUGUUAACUACGCAUGCUCCUCAACUGGGGUUUUGCCCUUUUUCAGGGGGGUUGUUUGAGUUGAAGGUCAUGAUCUCCCACUACCACUAUUAUCUUUGUCCUAUUUUCAACUAAUUUUCUGUCGAUGCCAGUGGAUUGCAGCAUCUUAUCAUCCUGUUUCCUCUUGUAGCCAGAACUUUCCCCACUUGAAGGCUUCUUUCUGUGUAACUGAGAUAAUGGUGUUCUUUUCACUAUCUGUUCUCAUGCUCCCCAAGGCUGACUCCCUUGAUUACAAGUCCCUUCAUUCAUUAACAACUUUAGAGGGAGUUGGAUUGACCUAGCUUUGUGAACACUGUAUCAGAGUUGGGUAAUCCAGGAGUUCAGACAACAAUUCCUCCUGCCCUGGACUUAUUUCAGUCCAGGACUAGUCCAUUUCCAUCACAUUUAGGUGGAGCUUGAGCAACUCUAGUCAUAUACAUUGUUGUUGCUAACUGGUAUUGUGUGCCCAGUGAGGUGUAGUAGUACCUUGGAGGCAGGUAACUUUGGGAGGGAGGUGUGCGUUGGUAUUACAAUGAGAUUAUUUCAUCUGAGGAAAGUAAUUUCACCACAAUGAUUGGCUCAGCCAUGGACAUCUCAUGGAUCCUUUGCGUGACAACUGGCAUGCAGCUUAUCGGCUGUGUGGUGCCAUCAAGUUCCCAUUCCUGCAGGGAGCAUGACAGAGCCUGGCCGCAAGGUCUCCACUCCGUUCCAUCCUCCAUCACUCCUAUCAGUAUGUGCUGAACUGGCAGGAUGUGUUGCUUAGGGAACUGUGGUGACGUAGAUUCCGUGCGUGCCAACCAUCCUGAAGGCAAUAGCUGUAUUUUACCCUAAAAAGCUUUCCGUAAUACUACACUUCUGUUAAGACUCAAUUUUCCUCUAAUUCCCCUCCUCAAGGUGAUUCUCUUGUGCAUGCAUAAUCAUCUGUGCCAUGAAACUGGUGGAAUGUUUUGUAAAUACACAUAUGUAAUGUGUAUUGUCUUCAGUGGUGUCUGGAAUUUCAUUCAGGAUGACUUUACAAACAAAAUGCAAGCACUGUCAGUGCAGUUUAAUCAGUAGUGUUGGGUUAAAUUGAAUACAUGAGCCAAAAUAUUUGGAUAAUGACAAUUCCAAUAAACAUUUAAGAAAAAAAAAAAAGGGUGGGUGGGGGCGUAGGGGAGGGAGAAAGAAAUGUAACAUCUGGGAUAUCCACUGAACCGACUGAACAGACACAAUGGUACUCUAAGGAGAGAUGUAUCGAUAGGAGAAGAGAAUCUGAUUUGGUGUUGCUUCGUAGGUUUUUUCAUAGUGUUAUUCCAACCCUAUAGCUGCCAGUCACGUUCUGAGUCAAAGUAACGUAAUGUGGCAUACAUUUUAAAGGACUGUAUUUUGUAAUGAUUGUCUCUGCAUUUUUGUUAUGAAUCUGGUCAAUUUUGUACUUCUCAAGUGCUAAUAGUUUAUAAUUCUUUAUAGCUUCAACAGAACUCAAAAGCACAAAAUAAAUUCAGCAAGGCAAGUUGAAAUUAUAUUUAAAUUAUGAAGUACGCAAGAUCUUUUAUAGUCCAUCAAAGCUAUGUGACUUGGAAAGCAUCAGAUGCCCUUUUUGUCAUUUAUUUCCUGUGCUUAGACUUAAUUACAGGCAGAAAAAAAAAAUCCAUGUCUCAUUUCAUGUACAUCUGCAACAGCUUUGUUAAUACAAAUACAGCGUCUAAGCAUUACAUCAUUUAGUCUAGUCCAAUAAACCAUUCUUUUUUGUGGA